CAGUAGCGGACUCUCUUUCUCUUACAACGUCUACUGCUUAGUGCCAUUCUGGUUGUCGAAUAGCUAUAGCAAGAAAAUGUUCCGACGAUACAUCGAUGUAGGCUAUUUGAUGCAACUGUUUACACAGACGCGUGAUUGGAGACAUCGAUAGGUCCGGUGAACUUAGAUAACCCACACCUUUGGGUGGCAGUUUUAAGACAAUGCACCUGCAUAUCAGUGUCGAAAUACGACUCUGAGUGGAUUUGUAAAUUUUGAGUCCUCAAAUAUUGUGGUCGGUUAAGGAGCACCAAUGCCUAAUCUGCUGAUACGUAAUGUCAUUUGGUUUUAAUAUGAAACGUUUUACGGGAUUACUUCUUUUUUUAAACAUCCUCAAAAGUCUGGAUGCAAGAUCUGUACAACCGUCAUAACUGGAGCCAAGUUGCAGCGUAUGUGACCUGCACGGGCGUCUUUCUGGAGUCAAGGCAAGAAAAACAUUUUCAAGCUAGUAUCCGAUCAUGUACUUUUGUACAACACGUUUUCGCCGGUGGUGACUGAAGCCUGCUUCUCGGAUAUGGCGUGAUAUCCCCGUUUUCUGUACUAAGAACGAUUGUUACAGUGGGACGAUAUUAAAACUUGAGGCGGAUCUUGGCAGAACACCAACUUUUGGGGGCUGGAAGAAGAGACUAUUUACUACAAAUCCGUAGUGCUUCGCGUCCCAAUCCGGACUGGGAUCUUUAGCAACAUCACAAAAUUUUAAUUGAACCCGUUAUUGUACUCUCUCACCAUUUUGUGAAGAUCAUGGCCGAAGCUCCAGAUGCAAAUAGGUUGUGCACAGCAGCUGCGCGAGGGGACUUGAGGGAAAUUGAAAUGAUAUUGCAGAGCAACAUUGACGUUAAUGAAAAGAACAUUUUCGGCAGGACACCGUUGCAGGUGGUGAAACUAGGCUGUCCCUGUGCAGCGGAGGCGCUGCUCCUAGCGCAGGCGGACCCGAACUUGCGCGACCCCAUCGGAGGGCUGACGAUAACGCACGACGCGGCAAGGGACGGAUACGUUGACACGCUUCAGGUGCUGGUGAACUAUGGCGCCAACGUCAAUCUCCUGGACGGCGGCGGCAACCUGCCCCUGCAUCUAGCGGCGAGAGAGGGCCAUCUGGAUGUUGUUCAGUUUCUCAUCCAGCACACCACGCAGCCUUUUCAGAAAAACGGCGCAGGGUUAACGCCUCUUGAAUUGGCCUCCGUGAAUAACAGAGACGACACUGCACGUUGGCUAGAGACGUACAGGUCUACGAAUUCACAUUAAAACUAUUGACCGUCAGCUUUGUUGUAUGGCAGAGGUAACAUGCUGAAAGGGAGUAUUGAAGUAUUACGUAUUCAGCUAACUACCUCUUUUGUAUUGUGAAAAUCACAGUUAUGAGCUCAAGGAAAGGUAAUUUCCAUCACUGCGACUUUAUCGUUUCACUGUAAACUUAUGGGUCCUUCUGCGUUUAAUGACCUUUCGUUGCGUAUUAUAGGCCCGUUUUACCUAGUUUCCCUAUAGCUUCGUAAUGUAGAGACAUUCCUAAUUAUUUGAGAAAGUAUUCACAGUGACACUCGUGGUAUGGUCUUUAUUUCACAACGCUUUUUGUGAAACUGGUCCCUGACGUGGUUUUAGUUGAAAGGGUGACUAUUUCAAUAGGCUACACUUUAUGUAGCUGCCAUUUUGCGCAAUUUUCAUGUCCCUUCAGACUUUAAUUUUUUAAACAGCAGAAAAUCAGUCUCCAGUGAGUGUAUAUGAGGUCUGGAGGGACUUAUGCCUCUUCUGUUGCAUGAUUUUUAAAUCAAGAAAGAAAAUCGUUCUGAUUGUAAAAAACUUUAUUUUACUAAAAUAAUUGCUUUAGGCCUAAAAGCCAGAGCCGACUUUUCCAUCGCAAGAACUCUGACAUAUUGUCCUUUUUUGUUUGUUUGUCGACUAAAUUGCACUUUUGCUUGUAAAUUAUGCAUUUCAUUACUUAUCAAAUUUAACUGUGAACGAAUGUCUUUCUGUCGCGACAAGACAUUAUAUCUACAAAAUAACCAAAGACAACCGUUAAACGGUUUCCAAAAAUGACUAUAUUUGAGUUGGGUUGUGUGUCCUAGGCUAUGAGUGGUUUAUCGUUUUAUUUAACUGAUCGGAUAACACUGAAAGGGGGUUAGGCUAAUGUGUUUUUUCCAAUGUAGGCCUAAAUGAAAAAUACCAUUUAAUAAAUUGGAUAGCCUGAACAUUACAAUAUAAGUGAUGGUGAAAUACUUUAAUAUGAAGUAAUAAAACGCUGUGACUAAA